AAAAGCAUGUUGGGAUAUUUUGUUUUCGUCGCCAUUUUGGAUGUUGAUUCUGGGUCUCCUCAUCUGUCAGUAGACGUUGACUUAUCAGAUUUCGAAUCGACACGAGCUAGGUGAUAUAUGACAACAGCAUCAUGAAUUCUUGACAAUUACGAUAAUUCAGACAUCGUUUUAACACCAACAGAUCCAGAAAUGGCGACUACGAAGGAAACAAAACAAAAACGGAAGCAACUUAAACUGAAGGCGGUGCCUCAGAAAACGAAGUUGUUUCGGGCAAAUGAACCUCUUUUGAGUGUGUUUAUGUGGGGCAUUAACCAUACCAUUAAUACUCUGAACCAUGUCAACAUCCCAGUUAUGCUUAUGCCAGAUGACUUCAAAGCCUUCAGUAAAGUUCAUGUGGAUUACCACAAAUUCAACAAAGAGUCGAUGCCAAGUCAUUUCAAGGUCAAAGAAUACUGCCCUAUUGUGUUCAGAAAUCUUAGGGAACGCUUUGGAAUUGAUGACCAUGAUUAUAUGAAUUCCUUGACCAAACAUCCAGAAGAUAUAGAUUCUCCGGGAAGGAGUGGAGCUCGGAUGAUGAUGUCACAUGACAGAAAAUACUUCAUAAAAACGCUAGUCAGUGAGGAAGUGGAACAGCUUCAUAUAAUUCUCAAACAAUAUCACCAGUUCAUUGUGGAAAAUCAUGCGAAGACAUUGCUGCCUCAGUACUUGGGAAUGUAUCGGAUCACAGUGAAUGACACGGAAACAUACCUAGUCGUUAUGAGAUGCGUAUUCAGCCCACGACUUCAUAUCCAUAAAAAAUACGAUCUAAAGGGAUCAACAGUUGACAGAUCAGCCAGUGAUAAAGAGAAGGCCAAAGAUUUGCCGACAUUUAAGGACAAUGAUUUUUUAAGUGAUGGAGCCACCAUCCACAUAGGGCCUGAGAACAAAGACAAACUGAUGGCCAUGCUGAAACAGGAUGUGGAGUUUUUGGAGAGUCUACACCUUAUGGACUACAGUCUAAUUGUCGGUAUCCACGACUGUGAGCGAGCGGAACAGGAGGCCAUAGAUAACGCUAGCAUUGACCACAGCAACAUGGAGGAGAACGACUCCGAGAAUGGGCUAGAUGAUGAGGACUACCUGGGGGCUGGGGGCGUUCCCACCCCACCGGACAGUCCCCAGCCCUCUCCGUACAUGCCUUACACUGGGGAAUUAGACAGUGAGAUGGAGAGAUACGCUUUUAAAUCUAGUCCUGACUGCCCAAGACAAGAAAUUUAUUUUCUAGCAAUGAUUGACAUUUUAACAAAGUAUGGUGUGAAAAAAAGAACUGCUACAGCAGCCAAGACUGUGAAACAUGGGGCAGGGGCAGAAUUUUCCACAAUACGGCAUGAUCAAUACGCAAAGAGAUUCCUAGAGUUCAUUAAUAGGUGCAUAGAAUGACAAGAGAAGUGUUUUUUUAACUAUAUAGACAAAUACUGAGGCCAUUUACUGAUGUAAUCAGGACUUUGAUGUCAGAGAGAAUUGUGUUCUGGUGAUUAUGAUGUCAUGAAUGAUGUCAUCAAGUUAUGAUAUCAUGAAUGAUGAUGUAUGAUGUAGGGUAAACUCGCAUCCCACAACACUUUGUUGUCUUUGUGAAUGUAACUCAUAGUCAUUAUAGAUGUGGAAACUAUUCAGAUAGGACCUUCUCACUGCUCAAGAUGGUGUAAAUUAUCACAAUAUAUUUCAGGUCAAACACACAACUUAAAAACCUUUGUACUUAAAUUUGUAUGUACAGGUCUGCAUUUUUUGUAUAGUUUGCUCUGUGUUUAAUAUGCAAACUUUAUCAAAUUGUUUUAGUCAGAAAUUCGAAUAUAAAUGCAAAUACAACCUGUUAUGUAGAUUCCAAAAAAAAAAAAAACAAUUGCUUUUUGAGUUUAGAACUCGUUGAGAACAUAGGGAAUUUCUUUUUUAUUGAUUAUGAGUAUUUGACAAAAAAUGAAAAUAUUUAGGAGCAGUGAAAGAAUAGUUAUGUCAUAAGUGCUAUGUCUCAUGGUGAAUUUUAUGAGCUAAAGUCAUUAUCUUUUUCCAUUAAAUUUGUAGUAAAUUGUAAUGCAAUGGGUACUCAAUAGAGAAUAUUAUUUUAUGUGGAAAUUAACAGUUUUACUAUAUUGUUUGUUUUCGGAACAUUAGCUAAAAUCUACUGUAAAAAGUCUUUGUAGUACAUAAGUGUGUAAGAAGACAAUAUUGCUUCAGAUGUCUUGAGCUGCACAUUUAUAUCGUAAUAUUGUCAUUGUUUACUACCUAAAUUGAAAACUUGGACAUUCUGUAAGUACAACACAGAGAAUUUGGUAUGCCUUACACCAUAUUAAGAUUUUUUUUAGAUUUUCAGAUAGCUGAAGAGUGUAUAUAUUGACAGUUUGGGGCCAGUGCUUAAAAAUGAUUUUUGUAUUGGGAGAUGAAAAUUCAUGAAUUUUAUAUGCUGUCAAGUCAGAAACAACUUUUUGUUUGGUGGUGAGUCAUGGCUGUGUUUUGUUAAUGUUGACAGAGUUUGUUAGUAGAUACAAAAAAGUAAAACUUCCCAUGAUUCCGGAUCUGAAAAUGAGAACUAUGGUUACAUUCUACAAUUUUCAAAAAAAAAAAAAGAAGAAAAAAACAUAGAUGGUUAUUAACCACUUGUCAGAAUUUUUUAAAAAUAUGUUGGGCAGAUUUGAAAAUAUUUUGGUGUUAAAUUUCUGUUGAAUAGGAAAAAAAUAAGAAAAAAAAAACAAAGUAAGAUUGAACUACUCUGCUUAGUAAAAUGAAAUUCAAUAGUUCUGUAAUUUUGACAAAUUUUUUAACUGAAAAUGUAGAUCAAAAUGAAAUUUAAGCAAAUUAAGUACAUCAUAUCUGGCCAAAUUUAAGAUGUAAAUUUUUUUAAAAGUAAAAUUUGAUAGAAAAAAUUUUACUUGUAAGAUACUUACAUAAACGACAAAUGUCGUUAAAGAAGUGCCACAAAAACCAUCUGUAUUUCAAUUUGUGUACCUGUAAUAAGUUAUAAUCUGUUUUAUGGCGUAAACACUGCCAACUCAUUUAGGUUUCAUUCAAGACUAAAACUAGUUCUGGUAGUCAGAUAGUCGAAUCAUUAUUUAGACCAAAAUUUACAUAUAAACUUGUAUAUACACAAUGACUAUUGUCUCAGAGAAUUCAGUGCAUUAUUUUUAUUGUUUUUAAUAUAAACAGUUAUAUUUAUUAUAAACUUGAAGGUUACAGAACUUGUAACAUAUCUGCUCUAAAAUAAUAUAUAUUGUAUCUAUUAUAACUAUAUUAUAAAACAUAAUGUUAUUUAGAGAAAUUUUAUGCAAAGCUUAUCAUUUUUGUGUAUUUGAAAAAUUUUGAGGUUUUUUUUUUUUACAUUGACAGUUAAUGAAAAGGUUUGAAGUACAUAACAUGUGGACACUGUCUAAAGUUUUCUAGAUGCUCUAAUUGUUGAAUUGUUUUUAAAAAAAAAUUGGAAUUAAAAAGAAAUAUAAAAAGACGCUAGGAUAUGUCAAAAAACUGAGUGACCUCUAAAAUUAAGGUGCCAGCUAAAUUUUGAUAAAAAAAAAUGUCACCAAUGCAGGCAAUUUUUUUUAGGUGCCAACUUUGAAUUUUGUUCAUAUGUGAGAUGACUGUAAAAAGUAGUCAAGGUGGCAAAGAAAACAGAAGACAGUUCCAUUGCUAAAAAAUAAUGUUUUUUUUUUUUUUUACAGUUUUAAAUUUCUUUUGGCUUGCUCAGAAAUUUGAAGAUCAGGAAUCAAUUUAAAAUGGUUGCCAAUUUGCGACUUAUAGAGAAAUUUUAGGCCAACUGAUCAAUUCAAACCCUGGCUUAGUAUCUUUUCAUGCUUCAUACACCUUAAAUAAAAGAAGUGUAUUAAAUAAUUGAGAAUAUAGCAUUAAAAAUUUUUUCUUGCUUUCACUAAAUAAUAAACUUAUCAGACAAAAUAGAGAAAUAAAUUAUUCUGCAUCAUAUAUAUUCAGCCUCAGUAUUAUAUAGUGCUGUAAAAUUUAUCCACAUUUGUCUCCAUUGUUACUCAUUAUUAUAUGUAUACAUACUUAUAUAUCUGUACAGGUAUGCAAUGUUGAUCUUCAGUGCUGUUAACAUAUAUAUGUUAGUCCCAUUGUGUCUGUACACAAGUAAAAUAAUCAGUCUAAUAAAAGGCAUGCACACCCUUAUCAUUAUAUAUUUUUUUCCGAAUUGCUUAUUUUAUGAUAUGAUGUGGAAAAAAGAAUGAUAAACAAGCUUGUUUGUCCUAUCUAUAAAAACUAUUCACUUUAUAUCUUGUCUGAGUGCAAUACAUAGUUACAUUUGUAUGGCAUUUAGUGUUAUUAUAUUUGAAAAGUAAUAUAAAUAUUGUCAUACACAAAAUUAUAUGAACAAUUUAAAUGCACAUAUACUAAGCUAAGAUAAUACACAUGUUGAAAUAUAGGAAUACAGAAUUGCUUAUUUUUUUCAAUUUUUUUUGUGAUUUAUCUUUAAAUGUUAUUCCAUAAUAAAAUCAUUGUCAGUCAAUCACUGCUGAUGUAAUAAGUCAUAUUUUAUACUUGUUUGUCAAUAUUGGUCCACAUAUUAUUUUCUUUGCCUAAAUUGCAGCUGUUACAUGUAGGUAGUGCAAGCACAACUGCUAGAUACAAUCUUGCCAAUGCUAUUCCAAUAAGUUAGAUAUAUAUUACAGUCACAUGGUAUUAAGCGAACACUUCUUUUAUCCUUUACUUUUUGUUACUCCAGAAAAUUCCUGUGUGGUAUAAUUCAUUUAUAUUCAAUUUUAUAUCUGAUUUAAUAGAAGUAAGUAUCUUCUUUUCAUUAACUAACAAUUUUAAUGGACCAUUAACCCAAGAACUUUAUGACUGUUUAUUUGUCCAAAGUUUGGUAUGUUAUCCAAUAAAAUAAACAGAUUUUGUUAAAGGAGUGAUUAAGGAAAAAUUAUAUCUGGUAUAUACCUAAAUUUUAUGUGGUCCUGUGACUACCAUUUAGAUAAGUCAGGUUUAACCAAAUUCAAGAGAAUAAAGUUGACAAGCAUUCCUUUUUAUUGAAACACUACCAAAGUGGUAUGAACAAAUAAAAAUGUUCAGUGUUAAAAUUGUUAUGUAUUGUGAUGGAUGUCCAACACUGAAGUUAUAAAUGUAUAUGAUGUGUCGUUAAUGUUGUUGUUUGGCUCAACUCUCUGCUUGGUAAAUUUGUAGAAAAUCAAUUAAACAACAUUGAAAUUCA